AUGGCCUCAGUAGAUGUCCUCCCUCCUCCUCCCACCACAACAUCCUUUGGUGCAAUCAAGAGAAAAAGAUCAGUUUCGAAGAUCGACAUGGCUCCCAAGCUACCGAGACACAUUCCUUUCGUGCCUGCACAGCACCUCAGAUUCCAAAGUCCCGAAAGGAUCUGGACUAUGGCGGAGAUAGGCAUGGCAGACAGAGGCGUUUCGCCCAAUGCCGUAUCAGUGCCUUUCCCUCUCUUUACCGAAGAGGCGGUUCAUCAGAUGCGAGCAGAAGUCCUGAGCAAGCCCGUCUGGGAUAAUUGCAAAUACUCCAGUAAUCUCGCUCAGUGUCAGCUGAGAGGGUUUGCCCCAGAGUAUGCACCCUUCAUCUAUGACGUCUGGCAUAGUCCAGAAGUCCUUGAAAUCGUCUCCAAGAUCGCUGGUGUCGACCUCGUUCCUGCAAUGGACUUUGAAAUCGCCCAUAUCAAUAUCUCCUCCACUAGUGACAAGGAGCAAGAAGUUGUAAAGCAGGCUUUCCAAGAGAAAGAGCAUCGGGACGCUGAUGAAGGCGUGUCGGGUUGUCCCUUCGAAGACGACCAGCCAAUUGUCGAUUGGCAUACUGACAGCUAUCCAUUUGUCUGUGUCACGAUGCUGAGUGACUGCACAAACAUGAUCGGCGGUGAGACAGCAUUGCGAAAGGGCGACGGCGAGGUGAUGAAAAUUCGUGGCCCGGGCAUGGGGCACGCCGUCGUGCUUCAAGGACGAUAUAUUGAGCAUCAAGCGCUGAGAGCUCUGGGUGGCUCCGAACGUAUCACGAUGGUGACCUCGUUCAGACCUAAAUCUGCCUUCGUCAGAGAUGAUACGGUUCUCACCACGGUGCGAUCAAUUUCCGACCUCUCUGAACUCUACUCUCAGUAUGCAGAGUAUCGUCUUGAGAUGUUGGAAGAGCGUGUCCGAGCUCACCUCAAAGCAAUCCGGGAUCACAAACGUGCUCGUCGCAGCUUCGAUACUGCGGCAACGAAAACUUUUAUGGUUGAGCAAAGGAAUUUCUUGGACUCGAUGCUUCGGGAAAUGGUCGAUGAUGAACUCGUCACCGUGGGAAUCACGGAUGAGUCUCACUUGUUGAGCGACGACUUGAAGUUGCACCAGCGGAAGAAGACACGCCUUCAAAUCGAAGACAAGGUCUAG